AAACAUUUUCACUUAAAAUCUCCUAAAACCCUCUUUAAACCUCUUUGACUCCACGCGCCAUGUAUGGUAACAACUUCCCACGCGCCGACCUCGUCGACUUCACCGCGCCAUCACAGUUUCCUCUUUCGCAACCACUUCCCACUCCGUUACUGGUUCCCGAGUACUCCGAGUUCGACCCACUGAGCGAGUCAGUGGCUCUCAAGGCGUUUAACUCGGAGAUAGCUGGUAAUACUAGUGGUAGUAGUAGCAGUACUCCUGGGUCUAGCGCCAGCUGCUACAACUCGCCGAGUUCGCUGGCGAAUUACGGGACUCAGAGUCCGGGUUACAUGCAGAGGAGUAUCAGCAGCCAUUCCCUCCAAAAGAAUGGAUUUCGUUGUCAUUUCGAGUUCCUGGAAACAGAGGCCGGUCCAGUCAGGAGGGUUUUUAGUACUGGUGAUUUGGAGCAUGGGCGGAGGUCAGAGAGUCCACUGACGAGCGAGAGUAAUGCGAUUAUAGAAUCAAUGAGUAAGGCAUAUCCUUACAGUCCAGAGGAGAAGAAGGAGAGGAUAGAGAGGUAUAGAACCAAGAGGACCCAGAGAAACUUCAACAAGAAAAUUAAGUACGAAUGCAGGAAAACAUUAGCAGAUAGCAGGCCGCGCAUCCGGGGACGAUUUGCUAGGAACGAAGAAAUUGAAAAGAACCCACAACUUCUUCAAUGGAGCCACAACAGUGUUAGUACUGGAGAGGAAGAAGAAGACGAGGAUUAUGAUAAUUGGGUCAAUUUUAUUGAUGCAUUCUCGGCCAACUCAAUCCCUUCAGAUGACCUUAUGUGAAACAUUAAAUAAAUGAAUUAUUUGUUCAAUUUGUUUCUCACUACUAAUCAUCAUCUUGUGUAAUUCAAGUGUGUUUUAUAAGCAUCUACCUAGUAUUGUAUUGUAAAUAUGGUUCCUUUUAUUAUUAUUAUGUCAAUACCAGACAUUUUUACAGACCA